AUGGAAAACAAGGCGUUCGACAGAACAGAUGAAGAUCCCGUCUCAACAAACCCGGAAAAGAAAAAUGGCAGAAGUUUAAGCCCUCCUGCCAAACCUGAGACGAGUGUAGCUGAGAGUGAAUCGGAAUUAAUAUACAAAAUAAAUGAUGUCCCCCCUUGGCAAAUAUGUAUUCUGUUGGGUCUUCAGCACUACUUGACAGCGUUCGGUGGCAACCUGAUGCUUCCAAUAAUUGUGGCUAAUUCGGUUUUCUGUAUGAAUGGUGACAGCCUCGGAAUCAGUGAGCUAAUUUCUACCACUUUCUUCAUAUCUGGAUUGAGCACGCUGCUUCAAACUACAUUUGGAUGUCGCCUUCCAAUCACGCAAGGUGCAAGUUUUAGUUUUCUUGCACCUGCUAUAAUGUUAUUUUCAUUGCAAAAAUGGAAAUGCCCUUAUACAGGAGAUCUUCCCGUGAAUAAUACUCUACCUGAGGUUGGCAGCGAGGGUCACCGUGAGAUAUGGCAACUUCGUCUCCGAGAGGUAAAUAAUUUUUAUAUCUAUAUAUAUUUUUAA